UGGCUAUUGCUACGUUCUCAAUACGUUAGAAACGUACGCAAAGUCGCAAAGGAGUGUUUGGCAAUUCUUAUUGCGCCGGCCACCGAGGCAGCACGAAAAUUCACAAAUUUCACAAAACAAAAUGACCUCAAAAUUCUCCAAUGCUCCGUAUACUUCUUUACCUUCCCACCCUAUUCCGCACAACGUCAUCGUUUUGCCCUACUACCAACCACCUCCGAAUCCGUCCCUCAUCUUCCUACGCCGCUGCCUCCUCUUUACUUCGGUCAUCCUCCUUCUGUCUGCUGUUGUCUUCUUUCUCUACCCUUCCGAUCCCGCCCUCCAAGUAGACCGAAUUCGACUCAACCACAUACGAGUCAACUCAUCCCCGAAACUCACUCUCGACAUAUCUCUGUCCCUGCUCAUGAGGGUGAGAAACAGAGACUUCUUUUCUUUAGACUAUGACUCUCUUGACGUUUCGGUUGGGUAUAGAGGGAGAGAGCUGGGGCUUGUAAGGUCUCAAGGCGGGAAACUUAGAGCGAGAGGAUCGUCGUACGUUAAUGCCACGCUUGAUUUAAAUGGGCUACAGAUUAUUCAUGAUGUGUUUUACUUGAUUGAGGAUUUGGCUAGGGGCGUUAUCCCCUUUGACACUGAUACCAUGAUCGAAGGAGAGCUUGGACUCUUGUUUUUCAAAAUUCCUAUCAAGGCAAGAGUAUCGUGUGAGGUCUAUGUGAAUACUAAUAACCAAACAGUUGCCCGUCAAGAUUGUUACCCUGAGUCUUAGCUAUUACAUUCCAGCUGACAAGAAGUGUUUAUAAGUGAUAUGAGGGACCUUGGUCUGUGGCAGAGUGUCUUGAAGCGGAAGUACAUAGAACUGGGUGCUGGAGGUAAAUAUUCUUAUGUUUCCAGUAGCCCUUUGAGUUGCUAGUUCUAUUCAGAAAUUGAUUGCCAUUUGUAGCUUGGGCGAGUUCUUUGUGGCUUCUGAUUCGAUUUAGUGCAAAAGAUUCAUUUGGCCAAGGAACAAAGCUAUCUAUGUAUUUACAUUUUACACCCAACUUAAAUGAAAUUUAUUAGAAUUUUUCCAUUCAUAAGGUUGUUGCUUCUGUAUAUACUUGUUGGGCCCAUGAAUACUUCUCUUAGAAUCAAAUUGAUCCAGCAGAUAACUGUUUAACAGAUUAUUCUGUAGGCUAUUUAUUACCAAAGAUUA